AUGGUUCUCCAUAACCCAAACAACUGGCACUGGGUCAACAAAGAUGCCUCGGAGUGGACCAGGGCUUGGCUGAAGGACACGUUGACCAAAAUUGAGGCCGAAGAGGGUGACGUUUCGGCCAAGAUCACAAGUGUGAUUAGCAUGGAUGGGGAUGUGGAUGUGAACCAGAGGAAGGGCAAGGUUAUUACUAUUUACGAUAUUAAAUUGACUCUAGAGUAUUCAGGAUCCGCUCCUGAUGCCGAAGAUGUUGGGGGAACUAUCACCAUCCCGGAGGUUGCCCACGACACUGACGAGGACGAGUUCGUGUUCAACAUUGAUGUUUACGCCGAGUCAAAGGAGAAGCAACCAGUCAAGGACCUUGUCCGCUCCCGCAUUGUACCCAAGCUACGAGAGGAAUUUCUUAAGCUUCCCUCUGCCUUGAUCACCGAGCAUGGCAAGGAUAUCCAGCACGCCCCCGGCUCCAACCCUCCACCCACGGCCUCCAGCGGCAAGGUCAAUACUGUGACUGUAACCGACAACGAUGAGUUCCGUACUUCAGCCGACGAGCUGUACCAGACAUUCACCGAUGUCAACAGAAUCAGUGCCUUCACCCGGGGCGUCCCCAAGCUUUUUGAAGGCGCCAAGAAGGGUGGAAAGUUCCAGCUCUUUGAUGGCAACGUCUCCGGAGAAUACCUAGAACUUGACCCUCCCAACAAGAUUGUCCAAAGCUGGCGCCUGAACCAGUGGCCCGGCGAUCACCACUCCCGCCUCCAGAUCGAAUUUGACCAGAACGAUGUUGACCACGUCACCGUCAUGAGGGUCACCUGGCAGGAGUCCCCAUCGGCCAAGAAGAGGUGA